CGAGCCCAGCGCGCGAAGGCUGAAGUUCCAUUCGUUCACCGCUAUCGGGCGGGAGAUGUCCGUGUAUGUUUUGGCAUCGUAAAAAUAACGUUUACUCUUUGACUUUAUGAAGUUUUGAAUAUAAAGAUUUCGCUUUCUAUGUUUAUCCGUCUUUGGAGAGACUGCCUCGUGCGAUUGAUGUAGUUUUGUACCGAAUAAAGCUCAAGACUCGACCUGAAGAUGAGCUCUCUUCUCUCUGAGCGGCCUGUAGAUCUGAAUGAAAGACGAACAGCUGAGAGUGAUUCAGACAGUGGCAUGGGUUCACCGCCAGAGGACGCUGUGAUUGACACGAACACCAUCACUGAGGACCAACAGGAUUCAGAUGAAGAUAUCGCUGUCAGUCGGAAGGGACGCUCUCGGAAGGCACUGCAGGACAGUGACAGCGACGGGGAGCAGGAAGAGACCGGAAUGGCGAAUGCUCUGGUUCUGUCCGAGUCCAGCGAUGAGGAGACGAAGACCGAGGAGACAGAGAGCAUCAAAAAGAAGCGAGGGAAACGAGUAUCUCGUAUCUCAAUGGAUAGUGAUGAGAGUGAGCCUGAGAAAGCGGAAGUUCAAAUUAAACCAAAAGAAGCGAAGAAAACGAGGGAGAAGUCACAAAGACGCAAAGAAAAAGAGAAACGCAAUGUUGCACUUGUAAAACGACUGAAAGAGAAAACCGAGGAGGCCCUUCCAACCAAAGCACUUAAUGACAGCGGCUGUCUGCUCGGAGACUCGGAUCUGUUUGACGCCCAGUUAGAGGAAGACUCUGACCAUCAGUUGGAAGGUGAAGAGGAAGAGUCUCUAGAUGCCAUCCGAUCAGCUGUGAGAAAGAAGGCCAAACACAAACCUCAUCUGUCCGAGUUCAGUGGAGACGAGGAGCAAGAGAACAAGCCACAGCGAAAGGAGAGGAAAGCAGCGAAAGCCAGCAAGGAGGCAAUCAAGCAGCUUCACAGUGAGAGUCAGAGACUGGUGCGAGAGUCCAUGCUCAAUCUGCCGUAUCACAUGCCAGAGCCCAAAAGUAUCGACCAGUUCUUCAAGAGAAGACCUCGUCCAGAGGGUCCUGCCAUGGCUUUGCUCAAGUCUGCCAAGUACCAGGCUUGUAUUUUAGAGUCUACUACACAUCUACCUCCAGACCAACCCACAACACCUCAGCAGGACUUUAGUCCUCCAGCAGAGUCAUCUCUGGAUAACCAGUCCUCCACUACAUCACUGCCUCCAGAACACACAGACACCAGCACUCGCCAGGAUGAUCCUGCUAAUGAUGGCAAACCACAGACCUCCAACGAAGCACAAGUAGAACAUGAAAUGAGCACUGACGAACCCAAACCUGUGGGUCAAGAGAAAGACACUCCCAUUGAGCAAGAAGCUGAGGGAGCUAAACAUUCAGACAAGGAUCAAGAAAAGCAACAAGUCUCCGUUGAUCAGGCUCAGACUUCCCCUCAUGUGCUCAAACCUCGAAAGGAUAAACUAGCCAGACUAAGAGAGCUUGGUCUAGAUCCUCCUCCUGUGGCAAAGUUGUGUGCAGAUGAUGGUGCUUUUGUCCAGUUGGAGCCGCCUCAAGAAAACCCAGCUCUGAAAGCAUUACAGGAACGCUUCAUGAAGCACAUCCUGCCUGCUCCUCGCCCUAAACGGGAGCGCACAUUGCAGCUGAAUGUGGUGAGGAAAGACAGCGCCCCCUCAGGACAGGAAGAACUACACUCUGAAUCAAUCACGAUCACUGUCAAUGAGGGAGAGGAUGAGCCUGCAAAAGUCAAACCAGGUGAGAAACUGGUGUUGUUGAAGUCUCGCUUGCAACAAGCCAUGGCCAUCCGCAGGAAGGAGGAGAGGGAGCGCAGAGCUGCUCUGCAUCGCCUUGACAAUGAGGAUUGUGACGAGGAAGAGGAAGCAGAGAUGACUGAGUCAGAGGAUGAAGAGGGUGUUGAUGAAUUGUUGGGGGGUGGUGGUGGUGGUGAUGAUGAGGAGGAGGAGGAGGAUGGAGAGGAGGCAUUGGACAAGGAGGAAGGUGAAGAUGAAGUUUCAGUGAAAACCUGCCCCUCCCCGGGCUUCAAGAGUCCCUCUCCAUCUCCAGCAGACACUGAUGGAACAUUGAUGCUGUUUGCCGGCAACUCCUGUUCCCGCACAGGGGAUGGUGUAAGAAGGUCAGAAGCUGCUGCCAAUGAAGCAGACAAUAAAAUGGAGGAGGAUGACGCCCUUUCUUUGGCGAAGGACAGCAGUCAUAACAGUAGUUUUGAGCUGAUGGGCUCGAUGAUCCCAUCAUAUCAGCCGGUCAACAGAGCUGCAGGAAGAGGCCUGUCCAACAGCGUGUUCCGCUCUCCCUCUCCCUGCCUCUUCAGGCCCAGCUUCCUCGGCUCUGCCUCGAAGAGCUCGGGUAAGAUGUCCGAACCCUCCCUCUCACUCCCUGUGGAGGAUUCUCAGGACCUUUAUGCUCCCUCUUCCCCGAGCGAGUCUGCCGUCCCUCCGGCCGGAGAUUCCCAGGGUCGCUUCUCACUGGAGGAGGACACACACUCCCAGCUACUGGAUGCCGAUGGCUUCCUAAACGUCGGCCCUCGCGGUGUGCCCAGCCGUUCCCACAAACGGCAGCUUAUACUAGACAGCCUGGAUGAAAACGCCAUGGACGCUAACAUGGGAGAGCUCCUGGGGCUGUGCUCAGGGGCCUUCGGAUCAGGGCGGACCCAGCCUGGAGCAGAGGACGAGCUGCUGGGACUGUGCUCUGGAGCUUUUACCACACAGCCUGAAGACCCAGUCGAGAAGCCCAGGGAGAAGAACAAGACCUUAGAGCCAGAAGAGCAAAGAGGAGAGAGUCACGGCAGCUCCGAGGCAGACAUGGACCAGCUGCUGGCUCUCUGUUCUGGCAAGUUCACUGGAAGCCCGUCUGCUUCUUCACUGCGAUCGGUCUCCAGUCCUGCCUUUGAAAAGCCGUCUGAAACAAACAGGAACAAGAACAUAAUUGAAGAACAAGAGGAAGAGGAGGAGGAAGCCGACUGUGAGUUCCGGCUCCUGUCAGACGUGGACAGCCUCAGUGAAAAGGAGGAAAAUGAGGAUAAAUCAGAUACUGAAGACGAAGGAACUGAGAAUGAAGAGGAUGAGGAACGGGAAGCAGUUUUUGGGCGACGCCCUGGCAAGAAGAAAAUCCAUAUGGCACAGUUUGUGGAAUCCGAGGCGGAGCUGUCUGGCAGUGAUGUGGGCAGUGAGGAUGAGGAUGAUGACGGUGGUGAUGAAUACGAGGAGGAGGAAAUACAGGAAGAGUUGCCAUCUGAUGAGGAACUGAUGGACCAAGUUAACAAAAUUCACAUGAAGCAGAUCUUAGAUGAUGAUAAGCGAAAACUGCGGCUUUAUCAGGAGCGUUACCUCGCUGAUGGCGAUCUGCAUUCUGACGGACCAGGACGAGCUCGUCGUUUCCGCUGGAAAAACAUCGAUGAUAACUUUGAGUUUGACGGAAUGGGUCCUGACGGAGAUGAGGAAGAGGAAGAUGAACAAAUCGAUCAAAUGGAAUUGCAAAGACGUAAAGAGCGGCUAGAGAGGGAACAGUGGUUGAGAGAACAGACUGAAGUUCAGGCCAAAAAGGGAGAGGAUGCAGAUGAUGAAGAAAAGAUUGGAGAAGAGGACAGUCAAUUUAUGAAGCUCGCCAAGAAGCUAACGGCUAAGACCCUUCAGAAGAGAGACGCUCCAGCUGUUCCUCUGCAGGAGAAAGCAGCUCCCAAUACCAACCAGUUCAGAAAGCCGUUUCAGCCCACUGUGGUCAAGAGAGGCUCAUUACUCAGUCAGCCUCGAGCCGUGUUGCAGAAGUUGGCGUCCAUCUCUGACAGCAACCCUCUGGCCCCUCGUAACUCUCGAGGUUUCCUCUUCCAAACCCUGUCGCCGGAAAAACAGCCCCCUGCAUCAGAGGGACUCAGAAAACAGAUGAAGAAGAGAGGACAGACAGACUCUCCUGCCCCUGCUGCCAAACGCCCGUGUCUCACGAACGCCCUCAAACCUUCAGGACCUCCACGAAGUAUUUUCAGCUUUCUGGAGAACUGAAGAUUCUUCCAACCUUCCCAGUAUUACUAACAAUUAGUAGACAGUUAUAUUUGUCCCAUUGUCCAUACUAAAUGCCAUGAUGAUCUGGAUACGUUUAAAGCUUGCCUUGUUUUAGACUGUAUUUGUAUCAUGUACAUAUUGUGAUUUGUUAUGAUGUAAUUUUAUUUGUUUUUAUAAAAUUGUAAAUUAAAGUGAAUUUUAAGUCA